GCACGCGCUCAGCUUUAAAAUCUACUGAUACCGGAUAUUUAUUUCCUAUAACUCUGUCUCAUUUCUAAAACAUUGGUUUAGUCGAAGUCUGUCCGCAAAAAUGAUCGCCACGCGCAUAGUGCUAACCCUUUUGCUGAUCUUUGGGGCGUUUGCAGUCGGCAACUCGCUGAACUGUUCCGUUUGCAGCAGCGCCAUCAGCUGGGAUGACUGCACGAAGAACGCCCAGGUGAAGACGUGCACCUUGGCCGGUGUCAACGCGGCUCACGCCGUAAUGGUUGCGUACAAUCCCAACCUGGUCCAGGGAACGGCGCAGGACGAGUUCUCGUGUUUUGAAUUUCAAGCAAAUUUGAAAGAUCCGGGCCCAAGUGAGUUACCGGUGACGUUUUCCCGCGAUUGUACCUUCAAGAAGGUGGACUUCUGCAAGGGCUGGCUGGAGCGCGUGGAAGUGGUCAAGUGUGAGACUAGCGGUUCCGGAGGGUUGGCGGCGAUGGGAGCGUUGGUUGUGGCAGGAUUCCUUGCGGUUUACUCAAGAUUGUAAUGUGUUUCAAAGGGAAACAAUAAAUGAAUGUUGCAGCGUGA